AUGAAAGAGGAUAUCAUGGCGCUCAACGUCACAGACAACGUCGACUUCUACAGGGGCCCGCUCAGCCAACGUGCCUACUUCGUCAUGGGCAUCUACAUGACCAUUUUAGGUUUUGCAGCCUACAUAGGCAAUGGGCUGAUUCUUUUCCUGUUCGUAAAAAACAAGCUUUUCCGUCAAGCUCACAUCAACCUUUUCAUCGUCAAUAUCGUCGUUUGCAACAUCGGGGAGUCUCUGUUGGGUUUCCCGUUCGGCGUCGCUUCACAUUUCUCAAAAAGGUGGAUAUUUGGCGACAUUGGCUGCAGGUUCUACGGCUUCAUCUGCUUCGCCUGCUGUCUGUCCAGCAUGUGCACCUACGUCGCCAUCAGCGUCUACCGCUACAUCGCAAUCUGCCAACCAGCCGUUCUCGGCAGACUUCUGAAAGGCAACAGGAUUCCAUUUGUGUUGGUUAUGAUCUGGGCAUAUUCGCUGUUCUGGGCAAUCAGUCCUUUUUUCGGGUGGGGAAAAUACGCACCAGAACCUUUCAAGACCACUUGCAGUCUUGCCUGGACCGACCGGAGCCUUUCUUCAGUCACCUUCAUUAUCAGCGCCCUAAUUCUCAUCCUCGCCAUCCCAGUGACGAUCAUGGUGGCUGCCUACAUCAAGAUACUGAUCGUAACCCGCUCACAGGUGUCGGGUCAUCCUCUGCCUCAGGAAAUGGUACAACUGCCCACUGGGCAUGCCAACCAUGGCGUACACUGCAUCCGGGACAUUGAGUCACGGACCACUGUGAUUGUGUUCCUUACCGUCGCCUUGUAUGUGGUUGCCUGGGCUCCAUAUGCUAUCCUGUCCUUCUUGUCUGUGUGCGGGGUUCGAAUCCCGGUCGAGGCGACCCCCAUCCCCACCAUGUUUGCCAAGUCCAACUGUGCAUACAACCCUAUCAUCUAUUUCGUGUCUCAUCGUCGAUUCCGUACAUCGUUGAUGGAGCUGUUCGGAAUGUCACCCUCCUUUGAUGCACCUGUAGCCAAGGAGACCAACUCAGUCCGACGUACGUAG